AUAUAUAUAUAUAUAUAUAUAUAGUUUAAGGAAAAUCAAGCGAAUUGUUAACUUUUCUGUAAAACACAAUUAUUUGCUGUUAUAAAGUAUUCAAAAAUAAAGAAAAACAUUGCAAUAAUAGUGGUACAAAAUUACAGCUUUUUCUAUGAAGACAUUAGUAUAUGCCCCUGUUAUAACACAAGUAAUUUAAUUAAUUAACCCAAUAUCAUUAAUAUUUAAUUUAACGUCACAAUUUGAUAAAAUACACAGAGUUUUACAUUGAAACAACAAUACUUUUCCUGAUCAGCUGUUUAACACUUCUCUCUGUUAAUUUUUUUUACUGCAGUUUGCUGCCAUCUUGUGAAACGACAAGCGUAGAAAAUAGACAUUUCAUCAAACCUCUUACUGAUUUGAAUAUUUGUCUUCCUUUUCAGAUACAAUAAAUAAAUAAAUGCAGUAUAUAUGCAUCAGUGUCAAUAAACGCAUUUAUAGCGGUGCAGAUCAAUGCAAAGACAAUAAAUAAGGUAAAUAAAGUGAUUCUUUUUUUAAAGGACAUGACAAGAAUGCUGCACCAGUAAAAUGCACUGUUUGCUAUUGACCUAGGCUUUACAUGAUGCUAUGAAGAAAUUAAAUCCACAUCUUCUCGUGAAUCCGCUUGAUGUUUAUUUAUAUCGAUGCAUUCGACAAUCACUGGAUCAACAGCUCUGUCUGUAUCCCAGCAUGGGCCCGGAAGUUGUUUGGGAUUCAGGUGGAAAAAAAAAAAAGAAAAAGAAAGGGAAAAAAAUCCCGGAGAUGCUGUCGUCGCUUGGGAAAACUAACUGCCAUCCAGACAAUUAAAGAAGAAAGCACCGAUCGGUCGCCAGGUAAGCACGACUUCACCGGGCUUCAGCCCCAUCCACCGCUGUAGACCCGGGGGCUCGUUAUGUUUGUGAAUAGUUGGUGGGGUGUAUGCCAUUUGUCGUGUGGUCGGGUGCCAUAGCAACGGCUGGUGAGAAACAUUGUGUAGCCCAGGCCAGUUUGACGUGCUCAGUGUUGGAUGACAGCUGCGUUCAUGCGGACAAUUCGGACAGUCGCAACUCCUCCUGCAACAAAUUGCCGCCGCGUCUCGCCGCUGUCUGGACGAGCCGAUCGGUGUCACGGCGGACCGAAUCCACGGACGGUCGGGAGGCUUAUGAUGAUUAUUUAUACAUGACUGAAUGUACAAGCGAUGCCGUAGACAUCGGGUCUUACUGAAUCGUCGGGUGAAGGUUACAGCGCCAGUGCGAAGCCGUUUAUUGUUGUUAAUAUUUCAUCGCCGUGCCCCGGUGUGACUGGCGCGUCUCCCGGCUGCAUCAGCGCCUGUUGCUCCCCAUGCGCGGCCAAUGCCGGGAUAUUAAUUCUCACUGAGAUGCGUUGUCUCCGCCCCCUCUCUCCACAAAGUCAGUGUCCGCCGUUGUCAUCCAUUUGAGCAAAAGGUGCAGCUUUGCUCUACAUCUUUGUCUUCCUCAAAGCUGCGUCUGUUCUCACAUGAAAUAAACAUAUUGGCGGCUAUUUCUGAAGGAAACGAAUCUGGUGAGAGAAUGAAUGUUGAUGACUGCAAUGGACGCUCAUUUACACAAGGUAAUGGAGGGGAGUCAUUAGCAGAACAGGAUUUUUACGGCAGGUUGCAGGGUCCUUCUGCAAGAUCUCCUAACAGUCAGCAGUCCUCACCGCACCGCUCCCUUAGCUCAAACUCCAUCAAGGUUGAGCUGUGUAGUGAGGAUGACUCGUCAGGUGCUCCCAAGCUGGAGAAUAAAGAAGCUGUGAGAGCCGAUAACGAUAAAGAUGACCAAGGAGACCCCAUGGAUGAAGGAGGUGCAGCAUUCUCUGCAGCUGGAAAAGACAGAGGGAGCAUUUACAAUGAGAUUGCCAAUCCCAGUUCUGCCUCACCAGGACCUAUCAGGCUGCCCAACGGGAAGCUCCAGUGUGAGGUGUGUGGGAUGGUCUGCAUCGGACCCAACGUGCUAAUGGUCCACAAGCGCAGCCACACAGGUGAGCGUCCGUUCCAGUGUAACCAGUGUGGAGCUUCCUUCACCCAGAAGGGGAACCUGCUGCGCCACAUCAAGUUGCAUUCAGGAGAGAAGCCUUUUAAAUGUCCCAUCUGCAAUUAUGCAUGUCGCAGAAGAGACGCUCUUGCCGGACAUCUACGCACUCAUGCAGUUUCUUCUCCAACGGUGGGAAAGCCUUUCAAGUGCAGCUACUGCAGUCGCAGCUACAAACAGCAGAGCACACUGGAGGAACAUCUGGAGCGCUGCCAUAGUUACCUGAAGACUCUUGACCCUCAAAAUGCGGUCAGCACACAGAUGCAACAGGGUGACGAAUCAGUGAAUGUGGAGGCAAUUACUAAACCUGCACAGCAGCCAUCCAAUGAAAAGAUCCACUUUGUGGAUAGAUUGUCUAUCAGCAUAACCAAACGCAAGAGGUCAACUCCACAGAAGUUUUUAGGAGAUAAGCACAUGCACCUUGAUCCACCAGAAGCACCUUAUGAACUGUCCUCUGGCUCUGAGAAGGAAGGAGACCUCCUAAGCUCCCAUUCUGCUGGUGACUCCGUUGGGCCGGUCGGGUCACACCUCCACUAUGCCAGGGGAAAGGCCGAGAACCACGAGUCGUCUGCCCUGUCUCAGCUCCCUCCCAGCUUUGUGGCAGAGCUCCGCACCGUUGUGGGCUCCAUAAACAGCAACAUGACUCCUCAGGGCCCCCGAGCCCACAGCGGAGUCGGGCUUGCGGCAAUGUCUCUUGGCUUGCUAGGGCGGGAGGCUGGCGAAGGCCGAGAUGACCAGCGCUCUGCACACAGCCACACCACUUCACCCAAUGGGUGUCCUGACUCCACGGACACGGAAAGCACAGCCGAAGAGCAGAGCACAAGGGCUGCAGCCCCAACUAGUACCUCCAACAACCACCACCUCCACUACCUAACCCCAGCACUGCCCCGCAGCCAUCCCACCUCCAGCCCCAAUCAGGCCAAAGACUUGGAUGCCGAUUGGGAACGAGGGGGUCCGGUGCCCCCCGCUAUAGUAAAGAGGACCCUGAGCUCACCUCCUUCUUCCAGGAACAACUUGCAGGUGUUGGACAGGGCUGGCAGGCCCGUGCGCUCCUUCUACUGCCAGCACUGCUGCAUCCUCUUUCUGGACCACGUCAUGUUCACCAUCCACAUGGGCUGUCACGGCUUCCGCCAGCCGUUCGAGUGCAACAUCUGUGGCCACCCCAGCCAGGACCGCUACGAGUUCUCGUCCCACAUCAGCCGCGGAGAGCACCAGGUGGGCUGAGAACAGGAGAGAGACUGUGGCUGCAUGAGGAGAGGCAACUGUUGCUCUCUAAUCUCAUUGGCUUGUGUCUGUUCUGCACCAGAUUAGCUGCUUUAAAUCCCUAAUCUACAAAAUGAGGAAGAAAAAAGAUUUUUUUAACUUUAAUGUGAAAAUUUAUUCUAAACCUUUGCAGAAAUUUGUGAAAAAUGUCUUCAGCGCACCAGUUAAUGAUCAGUGGGGGCAAAUUAAACUGUUAUUGAUUACACCCCCUUAUCAAAUUAUGUGGCAAACUAGGUUUUGUCACAAAAGUGCCUUCUGUGGGGAUUUCCUCUACACACACACACACACACACACACACACACACACACACACACA